AUGUUCCAAACAAUUUCCGCUGCCCUAUGGAGCCUCUUCGGUUUCCGAGACAAUCCGCUUCCCGACAUCCCAUACGCCUCUUGCUUUCCUACCCUGGGCCUCCUGUCAGAGAGAUGGUCCCAUGAUUUCUAUCAAACGUCCAUGGGGGCCCUCUUCAACGCAGGUGCGGAGGAGGGUAUAUCCUGGACGCUUAUCGGCGGUGUGCCCUUGGUAUACCUUCGAGACCCCGCCUUGAUCCGACAGGUGUUUGUCAACAAUGCGGAAUCUAUUAGUCGGUGCGGAACCCAGACUAGAGGUCCCUUUGGAACUGGCAAACGGAUCGUCCGCAAUGCCCUGAUUACCGCAGAGGGCGACGUCGCCCGACAUUGGCACGCCGAUAUGACUCGAGGAUUCAAUAACAGACCCGCUAUGGAGAGGUUUCAUUCGAAGCUGAUCUCAAUUGCGACAGACCACGUCCAAAGACUCCGAGACAUCGGUUCGGGUGAUAACCUCCAAAUCCUCCUACAGGAUUUUGCCAUGGACGCGGUCUGGUGCCUGGGGCUCGGGUUGGAGAAUGCCUCCCAGUGUACAAGGGAAUGGCAGGAGCCGUUUACCCAGUAUGUGCAGAUGGCAGCGAGUCUAUCAUAUCCACUCCAGCACACCGUGAUGAAUCUUAUGUCUGGUCGGGAUUUUGCGGAACCGGAUUACUACGAGAAUGAUGUCCAUGAAAGGAUUGAAAAAUGUAUCCUCCAGCUUCUGGAGGCCAAUUUGGACCUCCUCAACCCGGAGGCUGUGAAAUCCCUCGAGCAAAUGAACUUCCUCCAGAGGAUAUCCCACGAGACAGGCGGGAGCACAGCGCAACCCAUCACCCCGGAUGUUUUGGCCCAUGCGAGGCAAAUCUUCUCCCACGGGUUUCCCGCCCCCACGCUUCUCCUCGUCUGGGCGCUAAGGGAGCUAUCCCUAUAUCCUGAGGUGAGGCAGAAGCUCCGCGCAGAGCUUCAAGAAAGCGACUGGAACCAUCGCCGGGAGCUGCAGCUACUUUCGCAACUUCCUUACCUCAAUGCGGUGGUGAACGAACUGCUUCGCCUACACCCCCCGAUCCCGACUACGGCCCGAGCCAUUGAUCGCCCCAUCAACAUUCAAACUCAAUCUGCUAGCUUUUCCAUUCCAGUAGAGGCUCGCGUGGCUGUUUCCCUUGCGAUGUUACACCAAGACCCUCUUGUCUGGGGUGAGGAUGCCUCACGAUUUCGACCGGAGCGAUGGGACGGACUCCUCCCGAAUACGAUGGAGACCGAGUGUAAAUAUUUGCCUUUUCUCACGGGACCCAGGCGGUGUCCGUGUACUGGUUUUAUCUUACAGCAGGUCAAAGUAUUCCUGGCGGUGCUAUUAACGGAGGUGGACUUGGAGGUGACGAAUGCGGCCACGGUAGAAAAGAAACUGGGGCCGGUGUCAGAGCCAACGGAACCUCUGACCUUUAUUGUCAGCCCUUCUUAG